AUGACAUGCAUCGCGGCCGACUAUAUAAACCUCUGGGACGAGCUCAAGCCACAGCCGUGCUCGGAGCUCUGGGACCAGGCACGGCAGAAACAGACUGACCGCUGGCCGAACAGUCCGAACAGAAAUUACUAUGUCGACUAUCUGGAUCAACGAGCCAAGGAGCUGGGGAGAGACGUUGCCGAUGUGCGAACGAGUUCCGCGCGUGAGGAUGCGGCGGUCCGCGAUAAGGAGCCCACGACAACGUGGCUCGCCACGGGGAUCUUUGCGCAUGAGUUCUCGUUGUUGAACUCUUAUCCCGAUGGCUCCGUCUACUCCGUGGUAGGUCAGGCUAAUGCUGCUAAGUGGGAGUUACUGAUAUGCUCGAGCGAGGAAAUGAGGCGGCGGGCGCGGGAAGAGAACGGUCUAAGACUGUAUGAAGACUAG